AUGUCCAGAGACGCUCCAGCCAAGGCGGAAAAGAAUUAUGCUGAUAUUUUGGAUGAGCAAUUUCCAGAAAUUGAUAUCUUGGCCAAAAAUGAUGAUGCGAGUGCGUUAGACAAAUUAUUGGCAUUAGAAAAGCAAACAAGACAAGCUUCGGAUCUCGAGUCCUCUAAGAGGGUUUUAGUCAAGCUUGUUGACGUACUUGUUGCGAAUCAUAAAUGGCCUUUGCUGGACGAACAAUUGGUGUUAUUAUCUAAAAAACAUGGUCAAUUAAAAUUAUCGAUUCAAGCCAUGGUCCAACGUGUCAUGGAGCAUUUAGAGGACCUAAAGGACUUAAACACAAAGGUAACGACGAUAGACACGAUUAGAACUGUCACUGAGAAUAAAAUCUUUGUUGAGGUUGAAAGGGCGCGUGUUACCAGGACAUUAGCGCAUAUUAAGAGGUCGCAGGGUAAAUCUGAUGAAGCUACUGACCUGCUAUGUGAAUUGCAGGUAGAGACUUAUGGUUCAAUGGAAAUGAGUGAAAAAAUAGAAUUUAUCAUUGAACAGAUGGAGUUGAGUAUUUUGAAAGGUGAUUUCUCUCAAGCUACCGUUUUGUCCAGAAAGAUUCUAAAGAAAACGUUCAAGAACGAGAAGUACGAAGCUUUAAAGUUAGAAUACUAUAAGCUGUUGAUUAAGAUUGGCUUACAUAAAUCUGAAUAUUUGGAGAUUGCUCAGUAUUAUAUGGAAAUUUACAACACUCCUUCUGUUAAGAAGUCAGAAGAACUUUGGAAGCCUGCCUUAUCCCAUAUUGUUUACUUUUUAAUAUUGGCUCCUUAUGAUAACCUGCAAAGCGACUUAAUCUAUAAGUUGCAGCAGGACAACAAUUUGAAGAAAUUAGAGCUCCAUGAAUCCUUAGCGAAAUUAUUCACAACUGCGGAGUUGAUGAGGUGGCCUAUGGUGAAGCAAACCUAUGAGCCUUUGUUGAACCAAGAAGAUGUUGUAUUUGGCUCCAACAAAGUCCACUGGGAAGAUCUACGGAAAAGAGUUAUUGAGCAUAACCUAAGGACGAUUUCUAAGUACUACACAAGGAUCACCCUUCCAAGAUUGAACGAACUGUUGGAUUUGAAUGAAACUGAAACUGAAACAUUUAUUAGUAAUUUGGUGAAUCAGGGGGUGAUUUAUGCUAAAAUUAACAGACCAGCGAAGAUUGUCAACUUUGGUAAACCAAAGAAUUCUAGUGAGCUGCUAAAUGAAUGGUCCUCUAAUGUGGAUCAGUUGUUAGAACAUAUAGAGACGAUUGGCCACUUAAUUACAAAGGAUGAAAUUAUGCAUGGUUUAAAAGCUAAAUAA